AUGAAAUGCAGCUGCAUGAGAUAUUCUUUAACAAAUCUCUGUCUAUUCCAGUCUCAUCUAUCUAUCUAUCUAUCUAUCUAUCUAUCUAUCUAUCCUAGUCUGUUAUAUAUAUCUAUCAUCUAUCUAUCUAUCUAUCUAUCUAUCUAUCUAUCUAUCCCAUCAUUUCUCAAUGGAGUCCUCUCUUUAGUUAUUCUUCUCAUUAGCCAUUCUUAUCUUGAAUCAUUCCUCUUUUCAGUAAUCCCUCUCUUCAUCCUUCUUUUCAGCCAUUCAUAUAUUCAAUCAUACCAUUUUUCCAGCAUUAUUCUUUUCAGCACACAUUAUUAUCUACAAUUAUUUCUUCUUUCAGAAAUUCUUCUCUUCAGUUUUUUUCUCACCAAACAUUCUUCACUUAAUCCUCAUUUUAAUAUCCCCCCCCUUUCAGUUAUUCUUCUCACCAAUAUUUCCUCAGUUAUUCAUUUUUUGUUAGUUUUUCUCUUUCAUUAUCUUCGUAUUAUUUGUUCAUCAAUCAUUUCUAUUUUCAGUAAUACCACUCAUUUCUCACUAAUCUUUUAUAAUCAUUACUUCUUCUCUUCAAUGAUUCCUCUCUUUGAUUAUUUCUCUUUCCAGUUAUUCUUCUCUCCUUUCUUUUCACCGUCCUGGAAUCAUUCUUCCCUUGAAUCAUUCCUGUCUUUAUUCCUCUCACUAUUCUUUCUCCUAUUCAUUCUUCUCUUCAGUCAUUCGUCAUUUCAUUCUUGUCAUCAUUCGUCACUUCUUCUCUUUAACCAUUUUUCUCUUCAUUCAUCUUUACUCUUCAUUUGUUCUUCCUUUCUUUUCUUUAUACAUUCUUCUCUAUGUUCUUCUCUUAAUUCUUCUUUCACUCCUCCUUCUCAAAUUUCUUUCUCACUCAUUCAUCUCUUAAUUCUUCUCUUCAUUCAAUCUUUGUCAUACUUCUCUUCAUUUUUUCCUUCAAUCACUAUUCUCUUAAUUCUUCUCUUCUCUCAUUCAUCUCUCACAACCCAUCCAUUAACCUAUCUUCUUUUGAUUACAUCUAUCUAUCUAUCUAUCUAUCUAUCUAUCUAUCUAUCUAUCUAA